AUGAGUGCAGGCAGCGUUGAACGAAUGCAUGCGCUGAGCAAAGGUGGUAAAGAUGGCCAUGUAUCGCCCAAGAAGCCAAAAGCCUCUCCGGUAGCAGGCCUGUCGCUAUCUGGCGGAGAUCCUUCUAAUGAAAAUGGGCAAACACCAAAUAUUUUAAAUGCAUAUUCAUUGGACGCAAGAACAGUACCACCAUUCGCUGUUGAUACUGCUGCUGUCUCAGGAAACCAACGUCGAUCGAAACGCUUGGAAUCUGAUCAGAUGUUUAAGGAUACAUUUUUAAUGUCUCAUGCAGAUAAGUGGAGUGAAUUUCUCCAAAAUGCCGGUAGCAAUCCGUCUUAUACGUCUCGGAUAGUCUUAGAAAGAAAAAAGCAUGGAGAGUCUAUCACGACUUCAGAUACUAAGGGACAUGCCGUUUCUAAAGGUAGAUCUACCAUUGUCAGUCAUCAUACCGCCUCUUCGGUAGCUGAAAAGGGUGAAAAGAGCGAAAAAGUAGGCUCUUCAAGCAUAACAAGCGAGACCAUUAGUGAUAAUAAAGGCUAUGAUUAUGAAAGCACUACGGAUAGUAGCUACAAUGAGGAGGCCGAGAGAGUGAGACGGGAGAUUUUGCAAGACUUAGAUGGAGAGUGGGAAGGAGGGAAGCGGUUAGAUGCCAUAUUUAAUGCCCCAAUACCUGAAAAUUAUGAACUAAGCAACCAAAGAGAUAGAAGUGAAUGGUUAAAAUAUAUUGCCCAACUAAAAGCGUUCUAUUACUUGAAGAAGGAGGGAUCAAAAGCAAGCAUGGAAGGUCAUCCAUAUGACAAUGGUAUGUUCCAUUCUCUUGUAAAUAAAGGAAAGGACAAGUUCCAUGACAAAAAAAACUCCUGGGCAUCGUUAGAGAGAAGGAAAAAACAACAAUGGUUACCAAGAAUCCGCAGACUCUUGUUACAAAGUCAAUACUUACCCUUAUCUUUGCGUUUUAUAAUCGGAAUUCUAUGCAUUGUCUCGUUGAGUUUGGCAACCAGGAUAUACCAAAACUCCGAUUCAACAGUUGCUUCCAUCGAGUCAUCGAUACCACAGCAACCUAGUACCAUAAUGGCACUUUGUGUUAACUCUAUUGCUAUAGUGUAUUUGAUAUACAUUGGGUAUGAUGAAUUUUCUGGGAAACCUUUGGGUAUUAGGGACCCUUUGGGAAAACUCCGACUCAUCAUGCUGGAUUUAUUAUUCAUAAUUUUCUCCAGCGCAAAUUUAUCUCUAACAUUUAACACACUAUAUGACAGUAGGUGGGUGUGUACCUCUAAUGGACGUUCAAUAUCUGAUUUACCUCACGUCGGGUACAUUUGUCACAAACAAAGAGCGCUCGCUGCCUUUUUAUUUUUGGUUUUGGUGACGUGGGUCCUUACAUUUACUAUUAGUAUAGUUAGAGUCGUUGAGAGAGUGAGCUCUGGAAGCCCAAGGAUUUAA